AACUCGUACAGUUGUGCAGUAUGUACUCCUAUCACUGACAUCUCGUCACCCCCACACCUCUCACCCCACCACCUCACACACCACGCCCCCUUACACCGCCUCACUACCACACCCACCCCCUCUCACUGCUUCACCACACCGCCCCACUCACACGCAUGACUUGCAAGUACUAAUCAGAAUCCAGGUUUUAGGAUCCGUGCAUAGCCCCGCCUCGUUCCUUUUUUUUUUUUCGAAAUUCAAUAUUCGAUAUUCGAUAUUUGUGUAUUCGAUGCGCGUUCUUUUCGUGUAUUCGAGAUGCGUUCUUGGAUGCAUGUUCUUUUCGAUGCGUCCUCGGAUGCACAUUCCUUUCGAUGCGUUCUUUGUGCUUUUGGAUGUGUUAUUUUUGUACAUAGUUGCGAUUUGUUGGGAACUUGGGGGAGGCGAUGUAUAUUUUCUUCAAUUCUUGGAUUUGAUCUUGUUCUGCCCUGCCUUGCCUUGCCUUGCUGAGUUUAGCGUGUGUCAACGCUGCGGGUUACCAUCGCUCCUCAGCUCCAGACGGAUAUUAAAACUCGGGCUUCAAAUCAUCAUUAUCAUCAUCAUGCAUCAUGUCUGGUACGAUAAAUUUGGAGGGGAAAGCAUGAGGAUGCGCGAUACUCAUAUCUCAUCUACGUACGUACGUACGACCGCUUGCAACGCUUCAACCCUCCUACAUCAAGCAUGUAAGCACUAGUCUACGAUGGCAGCCUUGCGAAUGGAUAUUGAAUAAGAACGGUACUCGAAUCGAAUUUAGUAGAAC